UCGGUUAGGCGCAUUGUCGCGCGCUCGUGUGUGAGAAAUUAAAAGAACAAUUUUAAUUUAAAUAAAUUUUUUUGUGUGCCAUCGUCUCAAUUAUUUUCAUUUUUUACCUUAAACAGUAAAAAUCGCGCAAUUCGUGAGGAAUUAAAGGAAAAAAUGUCGUUUUCCAAGAAUUUUCACGCACUCAUUUCGAACAAGAUGGCGUUCUUCAUUGAACAGCCUCAACCGGAGCCGACAGACUUUGAACUCGAUCCCGAGGUGAUCCCGUUAUUUUUUGUCGCUUACUUUGAUUAGCUGCACAAAAAAAAUUUUUUUUGACACGCACCGAGCACUUUUUUAGAUUUUUCACACAUUUUCUUAGAUUUAGAAGAAAAAAAAUUAAAUAAAAAUGGAUUGGGGGGUCAUUGAUUUAACGAGCACCGCAAUUCGCGAUGAUCCAGGCAGCUUUCGACGACGAGCGGCGAUGGUUGAUAGUGAGGGUCGUCCAAGAACGCCUUGUUUUAACACUCACACUCAAACACAGCAUCAUCGAACGCGACGAGGCAAGAAACAGACAAUCGAGAAAUUGCCGGAUAAGGUACUGCUGAACAUCUUUUCGUACCUUUCGCAUUUGGAAAUAUGUCGGAUGGCGAGAGUUUGCAAGCGUUGGAGGCAAAUUGCUUACGAUACGCGUUUGUGGAAAAAUGUGUCGUUGAGACCAGAAGUCUCGGGAUUGCAUGUUGGAUCGCUGGAGUCACUGUUGGCGUUGAUUUCGGUGCGUUUUGGGCCGACCUUGAGAUAUAUUGAGCUUCCGAUUGAGCUGAUCACGCAUACGGUGUUGCAUGAGUUGGCUGCGAAAUGUCCCAAUUUGACGCAUAUGCUGUUGGAUUUUUCGACAGCUAUGCAACUCCACGAUUUUAGCGAAAUGCAAUCGUUUCCCGCCAAACUCAAGUACAUGUGCAUCUGCUUGUCCGAAGUCAUCUUCAUGGAGGGUUUCAUGCGAAAAAUUUACAACUUUAUCAACGGCUUGGAAAUCCUUCAUCUCAUCGGCACAUACGAAAAAGUCGAAGAAGAAGAGGAAGAAAUUUACGAAGUCAUCAAUGUUCACAAACUCAAGUCAGCGACGCCAAAUUUGCGUGUCAUCAACUUGUAUGGCAUCAAUUUCAUCGACGAUUCGCACAUUGAUGCUUUCAGCUCGAAUUGCAUCCAACUUGAAUGUCUUGCCGUUAAUUUCUGCAACAAAGUCACUGGUUCGACGUUGAAAACUCUUAUUCAGCGUUCGAAACGUCUUCGAUGCCUAUUGAUGAACGGCACGAGUCUCCAAUCGGAAUAUUUCAAAGAAGUCGAAUGGGACAAAUGUGCGUUGCAAGAACUUGACAUCUCGGCGACGGAUUUGUCUUCGGAGGCUUUAAUCGAUCUCGUUACUCGCAUCACAACUUUGCGUUAUUUGAGCGCCGGGCAAAUUAACGGCAUGAACGACUCCGUGUUGAAAGCUUGGAUGGAAUCAGGUAACGCGAGAUCGCUUUCUUGCUUGGAUCUUGACUCGAGCGAUAAUAUUUCCGAUGAAUAUUUGAGCAAAUUCAUCUUGAAAUACGGACAUCAGUUGGCGUCGUGCAUCCUUUCGGGCAUGCCUCACAUCACGGAUCAACUUUGGAUGAGUAUUUUGCCGGUUUUGAAAAAUGCCAAAAUUUUGGUCAUGGGCACGUCGGAAAGAUUGGGCGUUAAUAUUCACGUGGAUCAGUUGAUGGAUGCGAUUGCCACGAAUUGCAUGCAGUUGGAACGUUUGGAGUUGCGAUGGGAUCCGGAAAAUUUGAGAUUUUCCGAUAAGAGUCAAAAAGCCAUCGAUUUGCUGCGUGUCAAGUGUCUCAAGUUGCGAUGCAUGGUUAUUUGCGACGGUCGAUACUAUGAAACAGUAAAGGCAAACUUCGAAAGAGCUGAUCGAGGAACAGUUGUUCGAACAACUACUUGUUGCCGUGUAUCGCCAUAUCACUUGUUGAGCAACUAUAAUGACUUAAUUUUCAACUAAAAAAAAAUAUUUAUUUAUCGUUGAAGCUUAAAAAAAUAUUUAAUUUUUUGUUCUGUUAGAAUUAUAAGAAAAGAUUUUCGUUCGUUAAUAAAAA